GGUGCCACUGGCUCUCACGUGCCAGUAGCCCACCCCGCAUCAUCCUCUCGCCUCGCUCCUGGAGGGAAGUGACUAUAUCUCCCCCGUCCGCCUUCCAUCGCCGCCGCGGCGGUAAUUCUGUCGGGCCCGCCCGCUGACGUCACCUGCUAGCCCCGCCUCCUCUAGGGUCCCGGGCCCCUGCGGCGGGGGCUGCCCCGGGGGGCAGUCAGUUGAGGCGGCGGGAGCUCGGCGGAGGGCGGGCCAGGUGACUGGUCCGGGCAAUGCCGAGGAAGAAGCCAUUCAGCGUGAAGCAGAAGAAGAAGCAGUUGCAGGACAAACGGGAGCGGAAGAGAGGGCUUCAAGAUGGGCUGCGCUCCAGUUCCAACAGCCGCAGCGGGAGCCGGGAGCGGCGAGAGGAACAGACCGACACCUCGGACGGGGAGUCUGUGACCCAUCAUAUCCGCAGGCUUAACCAGCAGCCUUCUCAGGGGCUGGGUCCACGAGGCUACGACCCAAAUCGAUACCGACUGCAUUUUGAGAGAGACAGCAGGGAGGAGGUAGAGAGGAGAAAGAGAGCAGCCCGGGAGCAAGUUCUACAGCCGGUCAGUGCUGAGGUGUUGGAGCUGGACAUCCGGGAGGUCUAUCAGCCUGGCUCAGUUCUGGACUUUCCUCGACGUCCUCCUUGGAGCUAUGAGAUGUCCAAGGAGCAACUAAUGAGCCAAGAGGAACGGAGCUUCCAAGACUAUCUUGGGAAGAUUCAUGGGGCUUACUCCUCUGAGAAACUCAGCUACUUUGAGCACAAUCUGGAGACAUGGAGGCAGCUGUGGCGGGUGUUAGAGAUGUCUGACAUCGUCCUGCUUAUCACUGAUAUCCGACAUCCAGUUGUGAAUUUCCCACCAGCACUUUAUGAGUAUGUGACUGGAGAACUUGGGCUGGCCCUGGUGCUGGUUUUGAACAAGGUGGAUCUGGCCCCGCCAGCUCUUGUGGUUGCCUGGAAGCAUUAUUUCCAUCAACACUAUCCCCAGCUCCACGUCGUCCUUUUCACCUCUUUUCCUCGGGACCCCCGCACCCCACAGGACCCUAGUAGUGUCUUGAAGAAGAGUCGGAGGCGGGGGAGAGGAUGGACUCGGGCUCUGGGGCCAGAGCAGUUGCUGAGAGCCUGUGAAGCCAUCACUGUGGGGAAAGUGGACUUGAGCAGCUGGCGGGAGAAGAUUGCUCGGGAUGUGGCUGGGGCCACCUGGGGUAAUGGCUCUGGGGAGGAGGAGGAAGAGGAGGAUGGCCCAGCAGUCCUGGUGGAGCAGCAGACUGAUUCAGCAAUGGAACCAACUGGCCCAACCCGAGAGCGCUACAAGGAUGGGGUGGUGACCAUCGGCUGUGUGGGUUUCCCUAAUGUGGGAAAGUCCUCGCUGAUCAAUGGGCUGGUGGGGCGGAAAGUCGUGAGUGUCUCCAGAACCCCGGGCCAUACCCGAUACUUUCAGACCUACUUUCUUACCCCCUCUGUGAAGCUCUGUGACUGCCCAGGCCUCAUCUUCCCAUCUCUUCUGCCUAGGCAGUUGCAGGUCCUGGCAGGGAUCUACCCUAUCGCCCAGAUCCAGGAGCCCUACACUGCUGUGGGCUACCUGGCCUCCCGAAUUCCCGUGCAGGCCCUGCUCCACCUGCGCCACCCAGAGGCUGAGGACCCCUCAGUGGAACACCCCUGGUGUGCCUGGGACAUCUGUGAAGCCUGGGCAGAGAAACGUGGUUACAAGACAGCCAAGGCGGCUCGGAAUGAUGUGUACAGAGCAGCCAACAGUCUCUUGCGGCUGGCAGUGGAUGGCCGCCUCACCCUGUGUUUUCAUCCCCCAGGCUACAGUGAACAGAAAGGCACCUGGGAGUCCCAUCCAGAGACCACGGAGCUGGUGGUUUUGCAGGGCAGGGUGGGGCCAGCAGGUGACGAGGAGGAGGAGGAAGAGGAAGAGCUGAGCAGCUCCUGUGAGGAGGAGGGAGAGGAGGACCGGGAUGCGGAUGAGGAGGGAGAAGGGGAUGAGGAGACCCCAACCUCGGCUCCAGGGUCCAGCCUGGCUGGCCGAAACCCUUAUGCCCUGCUGGGUGAGGAUGAGUGCUGAGUUCCUCGCCCAACGCCAUCUUCCCUCCCAGUAUCUUUGCUUUUGGACUGACCUGGGGGUAUCUCCCCUCUGCCACCCCAAUUGUGAAUAAAGAUUGUUUGCUUUGUA